AUGCCCAGUCAACUGGAGGGAGCCAUGGAUGCACUCAUCACGGUCUUUCACAACUACUCAGGGAGCGAGGGAGACAAAUACAAACUCAGUAAAGGAGAGCUGAAAGAACUUCUUGACAGUGAACUUACAGACUUCCUCACGUCUCAAAAAGACCCCAUGCUGGUGGAAAAGAUCAUGCACGAUCUGGACUCCAACAAAGAUAACGAGGUCGACUUUAACGAGUUUGUGGUGCUGGUGGCGGCGCUGACAGUUGCGUGCAAUGACUUCUUCCAGGAACAACAGAGGAAGAGAAGCAAAGACGAAAAGAAAGGCAAAUGA